GAUAAUCUUGUUUAUAUUUAAUUAUAGAAUGUCUUAUUUUAUCUCUCGUAGCAUUGUCUCAAGGACUAAAAGUGUUCAAUGAUGGCCCGGCAGUACUUGAUUCCGUGCUUACAUUUGUAGCAGAGUUGGAAAAUAACACAGGAACAAGUGAUAAAUAUCAAUAUGUGUUUCAGCACAAUGCCAAUUGUUAUGGAGAACAUAGAUACUCAAUAGAAUCUGGGAGGAACGCCUCUCUUCGUUUGGUAUUCUCAAACACAGAUUGUAGAGAAGGGACCUAUGUUAUGAAAGUUAGUGUAUAUGAAAAGGUACUUUUUGUAUUUGAUAAGAAGAUAGCCUUUGGAAGUACUACGUUUCUGUUGACAAAGCUCCUGAAUGGAAACAUCUCCGUUAGUCAGGACGAAGAGAGUGAAGAGCAGUCAGACUUAACUCUCUUAUCAACAAAAGAAGAAACCAAUCUCACAGUUACUCUUCAUGACCCUAGUGGCUUUCUAGAUAAUUCCACCAUUACUUAUUCUUGGAACAUCGAUAAGCUUGUCUUUAUUGAUGCCGGACCCAGUUUAACGUACAACUUCUCUCGUCCUGGAAAAUACAACAUCGGUGUAACUGUUGUGGCCUUUUUUGUACCCAUUGCUUCUCAGUUUCAGAAGAACAACACUGGCACAGAUAUGACAAAAUGGGGAAGGUUCAGUCGGCAGGUUACUGCUAAAGGUAUAUUGAAUGUUUUAAAGGAUACAAAAAUUCUGCAUACA